GCUCGCACAAUGGCCCGGGUGCAGGGACUCCUCUGUGGGAAUUUAGACGUGGAUUUAUUCUGACAGUCCGUUCCCAGGCUGUCCGGAAGCGCGGGGCGUGUGGCGCUGAACGGGCAGCUUGGUUCUGGUUGAAAGGCACCAGUCCUGAGGCCGGGGGGUGGGGAAGGGGAGGUUUCCCGUCCCUCUUUGGGGAGAAGCUGUGAUCCGCAGGCCGACAUGGAGGCUCCGCACGGCUGGGAGUCCGCACGGCUCUCCUCCGGGUCCCAGGAGAGCCCGCGGUUGUGGUGUGGCGUCUUCCCGGCGCUGCCAACCGUGGGGGCCGGCCGGGGCCUUGCCCGCCGGGUGCACCCCGCACGCCGCUGAAGCCGGCCCCGCGUGACGGGGGCAGACCUCCCUCUGCCCCGGUCUUCGAGGGCGGGCGGUUUGCAGGUGGGAGGCGUGUUGCUGCUGAGGCUGCUGAACGCACACCCCUUCUUUCUCUCUCUUCCAGCCUGCGAGUGCUCCUGCCACAAGCCAUGUGAAGCCAAGGCUCCGGGGGCUUCUGCACCAUCCGCUGCUCUCCGCCGUGCCAGACCGCCCAGGCCCGCGGGGCUGAGCUGCACCAUGGAGGACGGACGCGAGCUGGACCUCAUCUACAUCACUGAGCGCAUCAUCGCCGUGUCUUUCCCCGCCAGCUGCUCCGAGGAGUCCUACCUGCGCGGCCUGCAGGAGGUGACACGGAUGCUGAGGUCCAAGCACGGGGACAACUACCUGGUGUUAAACCUUUCCGAAAAGAGAUAUGACCUUACGAAGCUCAACCCAAAGAUCCUGGACGUGGGCUGGCCGGAGCUGCACGCGCCGCCCCUGGACCAGGUGUGCACCAUCUGCAAGGCGCAGGAGACCUGGCUGAACAGCGACCCCCAGCACGUGGUCGUCAUCCACUGUAGGGGUGGAAAGGGACGCAUCGGCGUGGUCAUAUCCUCCUACAUGCACUUCACCAACGUGUCAGCCAGCGCUGACCAGGCCCUCGACAGGUUUGCAAUGAAGAAGUUCUAUGAUGAUAAAGUUUCAGCCCUAAUGCAGCCUUCCCAGAAGCGGUACGUGCAGUUUCUCAGCGGGCUCCUGUCGGGGACGGUGAAGAUGAACGCCUCGCCGCUCUUCCUGCAUUUUGUCAUCCUUCACGGCACUCCCAACUUCGACGCGGGCGGAGUGUGCCGGCCCUUCCUGAAGCUCUACCAGGCCAUGCAGCCCGUGUACACAUCCGGGAUCUACAACGUGGGCCCGGAAACGCAAAGCAGCAUCUACAUCGCCAUCGAGCCCGCCCAGCUGCUGAAAGGCGACAUCAUGGUCAAGUGCUACCACAAGAAGUACCGCUCAGCUACCCGCGAUGUGAUUUUCCGCCUGCAGUUUCACACGGGGGCUGUUCAGAGCUUCGGACUUGUGUUCGGGAAGGAGGAUCUGGACAACGCGAGCCAAGAUGACCGUUUUCCCGAUAAUGGCAAGAUUGAGUUGCUUUUCUCCGCCACUCCCGAGAAGCUUAAAGGGUGUGAACACUUGCGCAAUGACCAUGGAGUGAUUGUGGACUUCAACACCGCAGACCCUCUGAUCCGCUGGGACUCCUACGAGAGCCUGAGCGCGGGGGGAGAAGUGCUGCACACACAGGGCCCCGUCGAUGGCAGUCUUUAUGCCAAGGUGAGGAAAAAGAGUGCCUCGGAUCCCGGCGUCCCAGGUGGGUCUCCAGGCGUCCCCACCGCCAGCAGCCCGGACCACGGCGACCACACCCUAUCUGUCAGCAGCGACUCUGGCCACUCCACCGCCUCCGUCAGGACCGACAAGACCGAGGAGCCCCUUGCCGUGGGGUCCAGGAGGGGCCUGAGCCCUCAGGAGAAGGCUGAGCUGGACCAGCUUCUCAGUGGCUUUGGCCUGGAGGAUUCCGGAAGCCCCAUCAAGGAUAUGACGGAUGCCCCCAGCAAAUACGGCGGGACACGCCACGUCGUGCCAGCUCAGGUGCACGUGAACGGAGACGCCACACUCAAGGACCGGGAGACGGACAUCCUGGACGACGAGAUGCCUGGCCAUGACCUGCACAGCGUGGAUAGCAUCGGGACCCUGUCCUCCUCAGAGGGCCACCCGUCAGCCCACCUGGGCCCCUUAGCCUGCCACCAAAGCAGCCAGAACUCCCUCCUGUCGGACGGGUUUGGCAGCCACGCUGGCGAGGACGCCCAUGGCAGCCUUGCCCCUGACCUGAGCCUCGGCGUGGAACCCCUGUACGAGCGGGAGCGGGCGUUCGGGACCCGAGAGUGCAUGCAGCCACCACCAGUGCUCCAGAGGCCCUCGGUGUCCGCCCCGACGCAGGCCUACGGACAGAGCGGCUACUCCACGCAGACCUGGGUACGCCAGCAGCAGAUGGUGGCUGCCCACCAGUACAGCUUCGCGCCCGACGCUGAGGCCAGGCUCGUGGGCCGCGGCCCGGAGGACGGCUCUGGCCUGGUGCAGUCCCAGCCCAGGGUUCCAGUCACCCCCACUCGGGGGGCAGGCAGCAGAAUGGCCCUCCAGAGGAGCCUGGGUCCCGGGCCCCAGGUCCCCGAUGCACAGCGGCCCCCUCCGGGCAGAGCAUUCAAGCCCAGAUUUCCAGACGUCAGAGUCGUGAAUGGGACUGGACCGGAGCCAAGCGCGGACCCCUCCCCGGGCUCACCCACCCUGGACAUCGACCAGUCCAUCGAGCAGCUCAACAGGCUCAUCUUGGAGCUGGACCCUACUUUCGAGCCUAUCCCCACCCACAUGAACACGCUGGGCAGCCAGGCCAACGGCCCCCUGCCCCCUGACAGCAGGGGAGGUGGGCUGCGGGCAAGCGGCCUGCAGGACAUAGGAGAGGGCCCGGGCAGGGCCUCUGUGCGGCAAGGCUCCUCGGGGGACGAGCCACUAGGCGGAAGAUUCCGGAAGCUGAGCCUCGGGCAGUAUGACAACGAUGCUGGGGGGCAGCCAGCCUUCUCCAGAUGUGGAUGGGGGAAGACCCCCGGUGCAGACCAGGCCACAGGUCUGGCGCCUUUCCUCUCUCCAGCAGAUGCCAAGGAGACGGUGGCCGCCGCGUACCCCCCAGACCCCAGCGGGAUCAGUGGCAGGACCUUCACACCAACCAAGGGCAGCGCUGACUCCGCCUCUCCCACGCCGGCGUUUCCCGUGUCUCCAGAAACACCGUAUGUGACAACACCCCCACAUUACGCGCCCUUCACCCCGCCCGGGCCGCAGGCGGGCAGCGCCGGUGGUCUGUACAGAGGCGCUCCCGAUACUCGAGGCUGCGCUGAGAUCCUGCAUCGUGUGGCGGGGAUGUCCGACAGCCCCGGGGGGCCCAGAUCUGCGGCACUCCGGGCCGACGUGCCAGCGGGACCUGCCUUUCAGCGGGCGUUCGCGUCCUCCUGCACCGUCUCCAGCAGCAGCCCCGGCCGGCGGCGGGACAGCCCUUCGUCGGCCGAGCUCCCGUGGGCGGAGAGCAGCCCCAAGGCCACCCCGGCUCCGCUGGGGAGCAGCCGGCCGGUAGGAAGCCUCCUCGGCGCCGAAGAGUUCCCCAGCCCUGGUCCCGACGGCCCCGGACGGCCCCACCGCCUGCCUGCGGAGCUCCAGGCCUCUUUCCACAACCAUGAGCUGUCCCUGGCGGAGCCCCCCGAAGCUGUGGGCCCCCCAGGUGGCCAGGCCUUCCUGAGCUUUAGCACGGCCCCCGUGGGAAGCGGCCUUCCCCCGGCAGAGGACCCAGGGGCCAUGCUGGCUCAUUCCCAUGGAGCCCCCCAGGUCCCUGGCACCCCGCGGACAGCGGCUGCCGACAACGGCUUCCUUUCCCACGGCUUUCUCACGGUGACGCCUGGCCACAGCAGCCACCACAGCCCAGUCCUGCCGGGCCAGGGCCUGACCCUGCCCGGGCAGCCACCCCUUCCCGAGAAGAAGCGAGCCUCGGAGGGGGACCGGUCUCUGGGUUCGGCCUCCCCGUCCUCCAGCGGCUUCUCCAGCCCGCACAGUGGAAGCACCAUGAGCAUCCCAUUCCCAAAUGUCCUCCCGGACUUCCCCAAGCCUCUGGAGGCCGCAGCGCCCUCCCCAGAUAACCCGGGUGAUAAGCACGUGUCCGUGAACUUUGUCCAAGACACAUCCAAAUUCUGGUACAAGGCGGAUAUCUCCAGAGAGCAAGCCAUCGCCAUGCUGAAGGACAAGGAGCCAGGCUCAUUCAUCGUCAGGGACAGUCACUCCUUCCGAGGAGCCUACGGCCUGGCCAUGAAAGUGGCUACGCCCCCCCCUUCCGUCCUGCAGCUCAACAAGAAAGCGGGGGAUCUGUCCAAUGAACUCGUUCGGCACUUUCUGAUCGAGUGUACCCCGAAGGGAGUGCGGUUGAAAGGGUGCCCCAACGAACCCUAUUUCGGGAGCCUGACGGCUUUGGUGUGUCAGCACUCCAUCACGCCCUUGGCUUUGCCCUGUAAGCUGCUCAUUCCAGACCGAGAUCCGUUGGAGGAGAUCGCUGACAGCUCUCCCCAGACGGCGGCCAACUCGGCCGCAGAGCUGCUGAAGCAAGGAGCAGCCUGCAACGUGUGGUACCUGAACUCCGUGGAGAUGGAGUCGCUCACCGGCCACCAGGCCAUCCAGAAGGCCCUGAGCCUCACCCUCGUGCAGGAGCCGCCUCCCCUGUGCACGGUCGUGCACUUCAAGGUGUCGGCCCAGGGCAUCACCCUGACGGACAACCAGAGGAAGCUCUUCUUCCGGAGACACUACCCCGUGAGCAGCGUGAUUUUCUGCGCGUUGGACCCGCAGGACAGGAAGUGGAUCACGGAUGGCCCCUGCUCCAGAGUCUUCGGGUUUGUGGCCCGGAAGCAGGGCAGUGCCACAGACAACGUGUGCCACUUAUUCGCAGAGCAUGACCCCGAGCAGCCAGCCAGUGCCAUCGUCAACUUUGUGUCAAAGGUCAUGAUCGGCCCCCCUAAGAAGAUCUGACCCCCCCAGUCCGAGACCGAGUGGGGCCGGAGCGUCUGCUGCUGGCAUUUGGCCAGCCUGACGUUCCAGCCCCAGGAGGGCCGGGGGCUUCUCCUCCGGCUUCACAGACACGAGGACACACGGCCUCCCGUCUGCUGUCCUUCCCCGAAACACUGCUAGCCAGCACAUCUCCGUAGCCAAGCGCUUCCCGGGUGGAGGAAAGUGGGAUGCACGCGGCAGGGCCGAGCGAGGACGCGGGUCCCCGUGCCCCUUGCACGCCGGCAUCGGUGGGAAGGAGCGCAUCCGGCUCCUGGACGGCAGCCCUGGGUGACCGGGGGUGCCACCAGCCAUGCGCAGGGCCCCCGUCCAUCCAGCACCCGAGGGAGGCCUCUUUCCCACGACAGAGACACUAGCUCACCGAGAAGGGGAUGCAUGUUUGCUGAAGGUCCGUGCAGGUCAGGCCCUCCCAGAAGUCAGGGGGCAUGAGCCGGGGGGGAACGUGCUGGCUGUGAGGACCAGGAAGGCCACCCAGUCCCUGGGGAGGGCACCGAGCUGCCCGCGUGCCCCGGCCCGGCAGGCAGUGGUCGCUCCGGCCUCCCGCUCUCACUCCAGCUCCAAACAGGGUGUUGUCCAUGAGAGGAGAAGGAACAUGGACGUGAAGUGUCUUUUUGUGUAAUUUAUAUUCUACUUAUGCCAAAUUAUUUAUGGUAAAUUGCCGGGCAGGAUGGGGUCCCGGUGCUGCGAACUGCCAGGCCGAGCCUGUGCCCAUGAUCCAGGGCCACGUCCCCGACCGGCCAGCUCAGCAACCUUGACCUCCCCAAAGCUCACUGGGGGAUGGUUCCCAUCCGGCAGGUGGGUGACGUUCUUUCUGGGAAGGAAGGUUCCGGAGAGCGGGUCACAUUUGGGCGGAGACUCAGCCCUGCUCUCCCAGGCAGUUCUGGGCCCUCUGAGCUGUUGGCCACUUGUCCCGGCCUCUGCGGCCCCCCCUCUGGGAUCCUGCAUUUCCAGCACCCGGAGCAGAGGAGGAAGAGGAGGAAGAUAAGGAAUCCUAGUCCUCCAAGGCUGUCUUUGGCUGAGAGCUGCUCCCCUGCGUUUCCGAGCUACCGAAUCCAGAUGCCAGUCACGCCACGGCUCCUACGGGUCCCCCAGGACAGACCGGGGGCUCGGUCUCCCCCCACACGGCCCGGGCACCCCGUGGCUCUGGGCUCCCAGGAGCUGCCCGCUCUGCCCGACCAGCUCUUUGGCCCCCUGGGCGUUGCCAGCAGGCAUCACUCCAGCGGCGCGAAUGUGCGUCGUGAGUUCUGUUAAGUGGGUCCGAGACAGAUGUGGGGAAGCGCAGAGCGGAAGGCCUCACGUUGUGGGGCGUCGGACGCGGGUGAAAGUGGGGGGACGGAUCCGCCGUCCGGCUCCUCUCCGUGCCCGACACAAGUGCCUCAUUUCUGUGCCAAAUGUUUGCCUGGUCUUCACAGACCUGUUCCCUGAGAGGUGUCGGUGUGGCUGUGUGGGACACGUUGGCGUCUCCUGGGGACCCUGGGGGCCUGGUCCUCAGCAGAGGCGGCUGGCAUCUCGGGAUUCCGGUCAUGGCAGAGAUCCGGCCAAAGGGGACCCGAGAUGCCGUCCCCAAGACGCACCUCAUCCCGAGAUGGCUUCUACCCAGUUUGACCCAAAGACCGCAGGUCAAGUCCCUCACCCUUCCCACGAAGAGCAGGCUCGUUUAGAAACAGAGUGCGGGCCGGUGAGGGGUCCAGAAUCACAGCGGGUGGGUGACCCGGGCUCCGGGGCCUCCCGUGCAGUCCCUGUUCCGAGCGCUCAAGAAGCCGCAGCCCCUCGCUGGUGAGGCGUACUGGCCGCCUGUGGCUUUCCUGGCCGCGGCCAGGACAUCAGGACGUCUGCUCCCCGGUUCCUGAUGAGCCGGCGCAGCAGGUUUCUUUCCCUGUUACACGUGUGUCACGCGGAGCAAGAGAGCCCCGCCCCCACCCCCACGCAGGCUUGGGGCCGCUCCGUGGAAGGCGUGUGGCCUCCGAGCGCUGGCGGGCACAGGGUCCCGUCCCGGGGAGCCCACGGUCCCCACCGCCUCACAGCCAGGGUCCUAUUAGCCCGCUCAUUAACCGGUCGCCGUGUCCUCCAGUGUUAACCUGGCGCCAGGGUAGGCCACACCGAAUUUAAGGUCUCCCUGUGUGACCUCGGCGUCAAAGACCUUGCGUCUCCUUAGCGGCCUUAUUGUUAGUGGGUAUUUUUACUUUUCUUAUAUUGUAAAGAAUAUAUCCAGUAUGUAAAUGAAUGUUCUAUAAACUCUUUGUAUAGUCAUUUUCUCUGCUUUUCAGAUACUGUCUCUAUUCAGAGUAUAAUAAAAUUAUCAACGUGGUAAA